GACUAAUAGCAGACACACACACACACACACACUCAGCGCACAGCACAGGCAAUGGCUCCGCUGCCUGAGACUCAUCCCGCCUCGCCGCCGCCGGAACUCGACGCAGAGCUCGCGCGCAAAGAUGCGUCGGAUCCAGAGCCGCGAUCAGAAGAGUCAGAUCCGGAGGAGGAGCUGGACCCCUGGGAACUGCCGGAGCUCCGGGACACCGGGCUGAAGUGGUCAGAUCUCGACACGAAGGGGAAAGUUCUGCGCGUCCUCAAGUCCAUCCUGAAGUUCAUUCUCCUGCUGGGUUUGCUCUACGUGUUCGUCUGCUCUCUGGACAUCCUGAGCUCUGCUUUCCAGCUUGUAGGAGGGAAGGCAGCUGGCGAUAUCUUCCAGGACAAUGCGGUUCUGUCGAACCCUGUGGCUGGUCUGGUGAUUGGAGUCCUGGUCACUGUUCUGGUUCAAAGCUCAAGCACCUCGUCCUCCAUUGUGGUCAGCAUGGUGUCGUCUGGAUUGUUGGAGGUGAAGUCUGCUGUGCCAAUCAUUAUGGGUGCUAAUAUCGGUACUUCUGUGACAAACACCAUUGUGGCCGUGAUGCAGGCGGGAGACCGCAACGAGUUUCGCAGGGCAUUUGCUGGAGCUACGGUCCAUGACUUCUUUAAUUGGCUGUCUGUCCUGGUGCUGUUGCCUCUGGAGGUGGCUUCAGGAUACCUCUACAGACUCACCAAACUUAUAAUUGAUUCCUUUAACAUCCAGACGGGUGCAGACGCUCCAGACCUGUUAAAGGUCAUCACUGAACCCCUCACCAAGAACAUCAUUGAGCUGGACACGUCUGUGAUCCGUGACAUUGCCACUGGAGACCCUGCUGCCCGAAACAAAAGUCUGAUUAAGAUCUGGUGUAAAACACAAAAAAUCACGAACCUCGUGAAUAUAACGGUCCCUGGAUUUGAAAACUGCACGACUGGCGCCCUCUGCUGGGAGGAGGACGGCCAGAUCUGGACUCAAAAGAACCUAACAGAAACAAACAACUUGGAAAAAUGUGCUCACAUGUUUGUGUACGCUGAUCUGCCGGACCUGGCGGUGGGCUUGAUUUUGUUGGCUCUGUCGUUGCUGGCCCUCUGCACCUGCCUGAUUCUGAUCGUCAAGCUGCUGAACUCCAUGUUGAAGGGUCAGGUGGCGGUCAUCAUCAAAAAGGUGCUUAACACAGAUUUCCCCUUCCCCUUCGCCUGGGUCACUGGAUACCUUGCCAUCCUUGUUGGAGCCGGAAUGACCUUCAUUGUUCAGAGCAGCUCUGUCUUCACCUCAGCCAUCACUCCACUAGUCGGUAUUGGUGUCAUUAGCAUUGAGAGGGCGUAUCCACUCACACUGGGCUCUAACAUUGGCACAACAACCACAGCGAUUCUAGCUGCCCUCGCCAGUCCUGGAGAGACGCUGGCCAACUCUCUACAGAUUUCUCUCUGUCACUUCUUCUUCAACAUCAGUGGCAUCCUGCUCUGGUAUCCCAUCCCUUUCACACGCAUCCCCAUCCGAUUAGCCAAAGCUCUGGGCAACCGCACGGCCAAGUACCGCUGGUUCGCGGCGCUGUAUCUCAUCCUGAUCUUCCUCCUCUUACCGCUGUCAAUCCUGGGCCUCUCCAUCGCAGGGUGGCAGGUCUUGGUGGGGGUCGGAGUGCCUGUGGUGGUCUUGGCGGUCUUUGUGAUCGUGGUAAAUAUUAUGCAGAAACGCUGCCCGCGUUUCCUGCCGUCAUUACUCCGCAGCUGGGUUCUGCCCAAACCGCUACACUCCCUCAAACCCUGGGACAAAGUUGUGACCACCAGCAUGACCUUCUGCAGGACUCGUUGUUGCUGCUGCUGCAAGUGCUGCAAAGAAAAAGAGAAGGAUGAAGAGAAGGAUGACAUGGAAACCCAGGUUAAGAGUUUAGAGAUGUAUGACAACCCAGCGCUCACUAUAGAGGAUGAGGCCAAAGUAACAGCAACGCAUUUAUAAUGUGUUAUAAUUUAUAACAUUGUGUUUUUCUGGUAAUGCUCUGUUAAUGACUGCAAAAUAUUUAAUCCCUACAUUACAUUUAAAUCUUCACAUAAGAAUAGAGUUCAAUUAAAGACCCUCUGAAAUCAGUAUGUCCCGCCCCAACUUCCUGUUUCAGCAGGAAAUGCAUCAGCACAGGAAAGAGUAUUGAACUUGUCAAUUAAUUUCAUGGGGUCUAAAAUACAUCAGGUGCAUUAACCACAAUAAAAUGGCAUCACAGUGCAGAGGUUCAAAUCUAUCUCUAGCUGAUGUCGUUAUUGUAGUCCUUUGUACGUGAUGUGGGUGGAGACAGGGCUUUCAUAAAAGUCUGUGUUUGUAUAAUUGUUCAGUAUUUAUUUCUGAAAAUGGUAAUGUAGUGGUAAGCAGGCCAAUGAAAAAUGCACACUCUUGGCAGUAAUUUUGCACAUUAUGUGGAACUAUGUAGAAAUGCAUUUGUAUAGGUUUUUAAAUAUUUGUUAACAAUUUUAAUUUUUUUCUGUCUUUUGUGUCUGGCUGUACUGUUGCAUUUUGUAAAUUUUACUCAGAUGUAAGAUAUUGUCUUUAAAUAUGUAAGAUGA